AAGCUUCUGAUGAAACAAAAUCCCCUGCUGCUUCUUCUUCUUCAGUUUGGUUUUGGAGGUAAGGAAGCCGAGGAUGUUCUAUUCGCACACAAUAUUGGCUCGGAAGGGCCCUUUGAGUACCGUCUGGUGCGCCGCCCAUCUCCAGCACCGCCUCAAAAAAUCCCAUUACGCCUCCACCGAUAUCCCCUCCACCGUCGAUCGCAUCAUGUCUCCGGAGGUUCCGAUUGCACUGAGAAUGUCGGGCCACCUUUUGCUGGGGGUUGUUCGGAUUUACUCCAAGAAAGUGGAGUAUCUUCACCAGGACUGUAAUGUUGUAUUGAACGGCCUAAGGAAGGCUUUUGCUUCAAUAGACUUGAGCUUGCCGGAGAACGCAAUGCAAGCACCGCUCCAGUCUAUUACUUUGCCUGAGAAUCUAAAUCUAGAUGCUUUUGAUAGCGGUCCUGACUUUGACUAUGACGGGGCUCACAGUGAUCAUCUUGGGAAUCAGGAGGACAUCACACUAUCAGAACAAUUUCCUAUUGCAACAAACCCUUUUGUUGCUAUAACUGUAGACGAGGAUUUCCUGAUGGAGUAUCCAUCACAUCAAACUGAGGAUUUUGGUUCACAUGCUACCCCUAUGGAUAUGGAGUAUCCUUCCUAA